AUGGCUUCCAUAUUUCUAACUACAAUAGUUUGUGUCAUGUUGUGCAUUAGUGCACGGGCAUCAUCUGAAAGCAGUUUGCAAACCUAUAUCAUUCAUGUCGAAGAGCCCAAUGCCGAUCUACUCAAAGACUUACCGACCUACUACGAAUCAUUCCUCCCUGUGGCAGACACAUUGAGCUCGGAGGCCCCACGACCGCGUAUCAUUUACUCCUAUCGCCACGUCCUCACGGGCUUUGCCGCCAGGCUAGAUGGACGGCUUCAUAUCUGCGUGGCCGGACAGAAACCUAUCCCUCCACACCACUUAUUCCCCUGA